ACUCUAAUUUACGUGCAAGUCAAGGUUUGUUAUCGUGUUCCCCUAAAGUACGAUUUAGCCACACACGUAUCUCGGAGAAAGGCUAGAAUUGCACAACUACUCAACAGCGGAAGUGUGACUUUCCACGAAUCCCUAGAACGUUUAGCACUGGUGAAAAACCCAAAUCAUUUGAACAUCGGUAAUUACUGUUUACAUCUGGAGUACCUGAAAUCAACCAAGCGAAACACGUGUGUGAAACUUACGAUCGAAGGAUGUAUCCUGAUCAAUUGUUCUACGCACGGUUGUUGUUCGUAUUGGGGGUUAUUCUAGAGCAUGGAUAUCGAGGACUUUGUGAGAUCUAUCCUCCGUUAAUAUGGUCACCGUUGAAUCCGGCGUUCCGCCCAGUUCCGUUUGGCACAGAGAACGAUACUGUUUACAGCAUGAACGUUCUUCCCAUGUCCAAGCUUUACAUUAUCUGCCCAAACCAAGUACUGAACCCUACAAAGGUUCAGCUCAACACACCGAAAGAGCUUCUUUACGAGAACCUCUGGAUUGUGGAUAAAAAUAGUUUUGACUCUUGCCAAGUAAACACUCUCCUCAGAAGGAACAAACAGUUAAUGGAGUGUACUACGCCUUUAGCCCUCAAGUAUUAUCCACUGGUGUUUCAAGAUUUUAGUGCUACGGCUGACGUAUUGGAGUUCGAGAGGGGAAAGGACUACUUUUUUAUCGCGACAUCAAAUGGACAGCAGAGCUCUCUACAAAGCACAAGAAAUGGCCGCUGUCAGACACAUAACAUGAAGUUACAAGUCCACGUGUGCCAUAGCGCCACAGAUCCAGUUUGUAACCCCACUGAACCCCCAACAACCCUUCCAACAACUACACAAGCAACAACAACAUCCCAGCCCACAACACAAUCAACACCCACAACACUGACAACAACGACAGCAGCAACAACAACCACAACGCCGUCAACAUCCACGCCAACAACACAGCCGACCACGCUACCAAAGGUCGUGCAGGCAGCACCCCCCGAGACGCCUUCCCCCAGACAGCCCGAGCCACGGACGAAAGAGGAUGUGGAUGUACGCGAUUCCAUUACGGGACCAAGGGCGGGUGCUUCUAAAGGCACGAGGUGUCCCCGGGACCCUGAAGAUACGACUUGGCUGAUUCUAGUUGCCGUGAUGGGGGCCAUAAUUGCUGUCUCGAUCUCUUGUAAUAUCUACAUUUUAUGCUGCAAAAAGCAAUCUUCAAAUCACCAGCCUCGAUCCGAUGAUAAGCGGUCAUCAGCUGCGCAUGCGCUUCUCAGGGAGAAUUCCCGGAUUGACAAAGUAUAGCAUUAAAUCACGUGAAAUGUGAAGCCAAUGUUAUAAUGCUUGCCAGACUUAUACGCGUCAAUCAAUGAAAGGGAAAGAUCCUACUUUUCAGGAAGGCGUUACCUUCCAAUGAACAACAGAAAUGAACAAGAAGACAAGAAUACAGCUGAAAGACUUUUUGGUCUUGCAUACUUAACCGAGCACGCUGUUGUAAAGUGCCAAUCACUCAACAGUGAUGUUUUCGAUUGCUUCAGACAUACUAGCAUCAAACAAUGGCGCCAAGUCAAAUGGCUGUUGUUCUGUGCUGAAGAAACGUGUCGGAUACGCGACAAAAGUUGAGAAAUGGCUGAAUGUUUUAGUCAAAACCGAACAAUUGGGCAAAUACCGUUCUUAUGUUACAUAUUUUAUUUUUACAGAUUUAUGUGAAAAAUAGAGAAUAUAUUAUUAAUAGGAUAUUUAUAAUAUCUUGUACAGUAGUCGAUUGGCCGCCACGAUAGAUUUCCAUCAUUUCAUUCCUAAACUUUUGAUAUUUUUCAUCCAUGUGUAUAUUCAAAUCAUAAGAAUAUUGUUUAAAAUAUUUUCCUUGAAUGUAUAGAUUUUUCUUAGAAACCAACGAUAUGCCUCUUGUGCUUAGCGAUUUUCACCCUGCUGAUUACGUUUUAAAAAUGAAUGAUGGCGAUUUACGCCAGUCUUCCCAAAAAUUCUCGAAACCAAAGAUUUUAUUAAAAAAGAAUGUAGAAAAAUUAAAAUAGUAUGGAAUGAUCA